AUGGCGCACGUUAAUGGCAAUGCUCCCAAAAUCACGCUCUACACAAAUCAUGGCUGCCCUUAUGCUCACCGAGCUCACAUUGUUCUAAAAGAACUGGGUUUGCCGUAUGAGGAAGUUAUAAUCGAUUUGGAUACUCCGAGAGAGCCUUGGUAUCUGGAAAUCAACCCUAGAGGUCUUGUUCCUGCCAUCAACUUCAAUGGAGAGAUCGUUACUGAGUCAGCCAUCGUUUCAACAUUCCUGGCUGACGCCUAUCCCUCGCAUCUCUUCCCUGCAACAGGAUCCCCAGAAGCUGCCUUGACCCGUGCUAAAAUCAAUUUUUUUGUCGAUACCUGGACUACCAAGGCUGGCAGCCAUUGGUUCAAGAUCUUGAUGCAAGAUUCUGAAGAGGAAAAGGCAAAGCUGAGCCAGGAAUUUAUUGAAACCGUGAGCAAAGAACUGGAGCCUCUUCUGAAAGAUGCAAAGCCAUUCUUCGGCGGUAGUGAGAAGCUCACACUGGCAGAGGCACUAACGGCGCCUUUCAUUAUCCGGAUAUAUGCAUUCUCAAGACACGGUGUACUCCCCAAGUCCAUUGCAGCGGACUUGGAUGCACUUCCCAACUUUUCCAAGUGGGCUGCAGCAGUGAUAAAACAAGAGAGUGUCACAUGUGUCUUUUCUGAGGACACAAUCAUCUCGUCCACCCUCAAGAGACUGGAAAAGAUGAAAGAGAAGAACCGGGCAGCAUCGAAGUGA